AUGUCUACUUCAAUUUCUCUGUCUGUCUUAUUUCUCCUCUUCCUCCUUCAAUCUCCUCUUCCAUCUCUCUCAACAAACUCCGAAGGAAACGCUUUACAUGCUUUGAGAACCAGACUUUCUGAUCCCAACAACGUUCUUCAAAGCUGGGACCCAACUCUUGUUAACUCAUGUACUUGGUUCCAUGUUACAUGCGACUCCAACAACCACGUUAUUCGCCUAGACUUGGGCAAUUCUAACAUCUCUGGUUCUUUGGGACCUGAACUUGCCCAAUUAACUCACCUUCAGUACUUGGAGUUAUAUAACAAUAAUAUUAAUGGAAAAAUUCCCGAGGAACUUGGUAAUUUAAAGAAUCUUAUUAGUAUGGAUUUGUAUGAUAAUAAAUUUGAAGGUAAUAUCCCAAAGUCCUUUAGCAACUUGAAGACACUUAAAUUCCUGAGGCUAAACAACAAUAAGCUCACUGGACCUAUCCCAAGAGAACUCACUCAUCUUAAAAAUCUCAAAAUUCUUGAUGUUUCCAAUAAUGACCUCUGUGGUACCAUACCAGUGGAUGGCAGCUUCGGAUCUUUCCCAGCAGAAAGUUUUGAAAAUAACGCACUCAACGGCCCAGAACUGAAAGGACUGGUUCCUUAUGACUUUGGAUGCUAA